UUCGGGCAGGGAAAAUGUUAAAAACGCCGGGUGAAUGUGCUGCUGUUUAUCUUUUUAUUUACAGCCAUAUCUCGGCAAAAUUCUAUCCAUUUUGUUUAUUCCAUCGGCUGUUUUCUCAUAUAUCGUUUUUAUUUCCACAUUUCCUUCCAUUAAACAAUUCUUUAACAUCUGUGUGUAAUGUAUAUGGGAAAGGAGCAAAUGGGCGGGGAGGAAUCUCUCAGACUUGGGAGAUUGGAGGCAAUAAACAAUAGAAUUUGUGGCGGUGACUGAUAGCAUUUGUGCUCCUUAUAAAAUGAGCCUGUGUUUGUCCCAGCUCAUCAGUUUUCACUUUUCAUUCAAUCAACAAGCCUACUUACUCUCUUAAUAAACAACAAAAAAAUGAGCCGUAAAAUCUUUUUUGCCGCCAUCUUGGCUAUUAUUGCUUUUUCGGCAAAUGGAGCCAGCAACCUCCCAGCUUUGGAUAUGGCUUCGAUUCCUGAUGAAUACAAGGAUUUGGUCCCACCUGAGGUUACAACUUUCUACAACGAAUUGACCGAGGACGACAAGAAAAUCUUGAAAGAAGUCGCCGAAAAGCACAGCGAAUAUGCAACUGAUGAAGAUGCGUUGAACGCUUUGAAGGAGAAGAGCGAGAAGCUUUACACAAAGGCAAACGAGCUUCGCAACUUGGUCAAGGACAGAAUUGGCAAACUCAACCCUGAGGCAAAGACAUUCGUCGACACCAUAAUCGAAAAACUCAAAGCUCUUCGCCCCAAGAAGGAUGAGAAGCCAAACCUCACUGAACUCCGAAAGGAAGCCAACGAAAUUGUUGAGAAAUUCAAGGCUUUGUCUGAUGAAGCAAAGGAAUCUCUAAAAACCAACUUCCCCAAGAUCACCGGCGUUAUUCAAAACGAAAAGUUCCAGAAAUUGGCUCAAAGCUUGUUGAAACCAGAAGGCGCCGCUGCACCAGCCUAA